AUGAAGAGCUUCACACUUCUCGCAGGUCUUUUGUUCUCGUCCACGGCUUCAUCAGCCGUGCAGGGUAUAAAGUCCCCCAAACCCCCGUCGCUGAACCAUCUUUGCUCGGUCAAUUUUACUUUGGGUGACGCUAUCCCGAUUGGAAGCGGACCAAGAGGCAUUCGGCUGGUUAUUCCCAUCUUGAACGGCACCUUCUGGGGACCUAGACUUAAGGGUACCAUCUUACCGAUUGGUGCGGACUGGGCCCUGCUUGAUCCGAAGUAUGGCCUUGAUCCAGACAAGAGCUUUACAGCUGAUGUCAGGACCACAUUCAAAACCCACGACGGGGAGUUUAUCCAGAUCACUCUUUCUGGGGAAAGACAGUCUGAUGAUGCACGGAAGCGGACUCUAGUCAGAAUCGGCAUGGAGACGGGAAGCGAACGGUACUACUGGGUGAAUUCGUUGGUUGGACUUGGAGUGGUGACGAGGCCCGCUGAGGAGGGCAGAGAGUUUGAACUUGGAAUGGAGUUCUGGCAGGCUCAGCUUUGA